AUGGCUGACCAACCAGACUACGAUGCGAUAACUUGGCCUGUCCAACUCACAAGCAAAGUCCAUCGUAAAAACAACCCGUUACUGAAUCCUAGCAACCCUGCUCUCUCAGCUGCAGGCAAGACAGUCCUCAUCACUGGGGCCACAGGUGGCAUUGGUCGGGCGAUUGCUGAAGCAUGGAGAACUGCCGGUGCUAAGGCCAUCGUCAUAACCGGAAGGAACCAAAAGAAGCUACAAGAGGUUGUUGAGGCAUUGGAAGCCACAGUCCAAGAUGAUACAAGCGUACAUUCAUUCGGGCCCAUCGAUAUCACAAAGGAAGAAGAUGUUGCAACGUUGUGGAAGAAAGCAGGAGAAGCAGUUGGCCGAAUCGAUGUCCUCGUCAAUAACGCCGGAUCCUUGACGCAAGCUAUGAUCGGCAAGGGUGAUCCGGGAAAAUGGUGGCAGGAUUUUGAAGUCAACGUCAAAGCCGUACAUCUGAAUGUGCACCAUUUCCUUGCCCAAGCACCGGACGGCAAGGGCACAGUAAUUUCUGUCUCGACAGGAACGUUAGGCGACAUGUAUCCCGACUUCUCCUCCUACAUCCCCAGUAAACUCGCGCAAACCAAGUUCAUGGAGUUCCUUCAUCAUGAACAGCCUGGCAUUCGCACAUUUAGCCUUUUCCCCGGCCUCGUUGCAACAGACAUGCCGCCAAAGCAGUAUCUAGAGUAUGCCCUUGACGAUCCCAUGCUAACAGGAGGCUUAACACUUUUCCUAUCUACCGAGAGAGCAGAGUGGUUGCGAGGCAGCAUGGUGAGUGUGAAUUGGGACUACGAGGAGAUGGAGAUGCAUAAGGAAGAGAUUUUGGAAAAGAGGUUGACGAAGUUAGCUUUUUGUGAUGCGAAGUUUGGGAAAGGCGGUCAUCCUUGGGCGACGUGA